AUGGGAAUACAUGGGAAAGAGAAGGAGAAAGGACGUCACCAGGAAGUGCUGGUUCCUUUAGAAGGAAAGUCCUCUCCCAAAAUAGGCUACCCUUUACACCUAUUAUUUGGGGGCAAUCAUGAGAAGAACCUCAUGGGCAAGAGGGUCCCUUACAAAUUUCAGGCCCAAUGUAGAGAAUCUGGCCUCUGCUCCCUUCGCCCCGCUUCAUUCUGGCCACCCCGUAGUAGAAGCCACACCUCCUCCUUUUCCGGAUUUGCAAAGAGCUUUCCUCCCCGGCCUCGGUGCGCUGCGCCCUCUGCCUGCCGCGCCUGCACGUCCUGGCUCCUUGCCGUCCUCUCAGUUCGCAGGUCCUGUCCCCUGGAGGCCUCCCCGCAGGGCCUGCUCCUCCAGCGCCUCUUCACGGUGCGAAAGCGCCUCCUUGGUGGAUUUGUGCCCGCGUUUAUUUUCUGUCUUCCCGACUGUAGCACAGACUCCCUGCGGGCGUCUCUCCGCGCUGUCCGAUGGCAGGCCCACCGCGGGGACUGGCCGCUGCAGGAGCCUGCGCCGCGGAACGGAUCACCAAGCUCACCGCGGGGACUGGCCGCUGCAGGAGCCUGCGCCGCGGAACAGAUCACCAAGCUCACCGCGGGGACUGGCCGCUGCAGGGCCUGCGCCGCGGAACGGAUCACCAAGCUCACCGCGGGCCGCAGCGUCUCAAAGCGCUGCUCACCACCCAGAGAAUCCAGGCGCAUGGAGUCGCCCCUCCGCUCCCAGACUCGAAGAAAAUGCAAAUAAAUGAAUCGGGGAAGCUUCAAGUCUCACUGGGAAUCCUUGAGCAGUAACCAUGCCUGUCUGCAAUUCAGCACGCUUGGGAGAUGAAGGAGCUCCACUCACACUGCACCCUGCGAGAGCUCACCCUCCAAGAGUGCCUCGUGGCCAUGGGGACGUGGAUGUGUUAUUUCAACUCCGUCUCUAAAUGUGUUGUCUCAGCAGGGGCAAUACAUUGUGGAGGUUCACUUCAAACCAAAGGGUAUGAUAAAGAUUCCCUUCUAUCCCUAAGGGAAUAAAAAAAUUAUAGCUAGAGGGAAAAAUAAACUUCACAGAAAUAAACUCCAAGCUGUAUCAUAAUUUAAAAUGUGAUUCUUGGAAAGUUUCUGUGGCCAGAUCCAGAGAAAAAGAAACUACAAAUUAAACAACAAUUAAAAAGACAUCACUCACUAUCUUUAUUAUUCAGUGACCAUUUCUUGAGGGGCACUUGGCAUAGGAUUGUUCCUAAAACCAAUAAACUUAAGAAUUCCUGAACUCCCACGGGUCCGUUACCAUUUUUCAUCAAGAUCUUCAAGAAAGAUGGACCUCAAACCUGGUUAAUGAGAAGGAAAAGGAAAAUAAUUAAAAUAUGUCUUAAGGCAUAAUGAACUAAUAUUUUAAAAUGGUAAUUUAAUGUACUAAUAGGUUUCCAAAACCAAUUUAUCAACAUCAUCUAUGCUAUACCAAGUGUCAGUUUCCAAGUUUGCUUUGAGGCAUGCUUGUGUAGCUCUGUAAACGGAUUGUAUGAGACUGCAACUCUGUGAACUAUAGGUCCUCCAUACCCAGCAAUAUAUGGGGUGAUUCUAGAGAACUGGACUCCAUUCUCUGAUGAGGCCAGUGAUAACAUAGACAUGAAGGCAGUGCUAACCACAUUGUCAUACGUAAGCGUCUUAUGUUCACUUGAGCGAUAAAAAUAUUGACAAUUCCAACUUCCUACUAUG